CACACAAGCAUGUGUCACUCCGGCCCGCACCCUGCAUCCUUCUCUUCCUCUGCGCUCAUCCUUCUUCCAUCUGUCAUGAAACGAUUUCUCAGCCUCUCUCGCGAGGACAGCUGACCAGAACAAGAAGCAGCAGCAAGUUCUCCUGUAAAGCAUCAUGCCUUCCUGCUCCUCGCGUGUGAUCUCUCCUACCCAAUCCUCCCUCACCCUCUUCCGCAGCUCCUUUCACCUCCAUCAUGCAAAUUGGUGCUCCAGCACAGGUUUCCCGUCACAGUCGCCUCCACCACGCUCAUCUUCCCUCCCUUCCCCAUGUCCGUGCCAGGAGCCGAGGUAGUAGACAGCUCGACGAGCUCGCCUCGUGAUGCCUGGUGUCACCCGCGUAUAUACCAUGCAGCUGGUACCCCAUGGAAUGCCAGCGUGUCCCAUCUUCUCCCUUCGCCUUCCGGGUACGCUUGCUCUGUCGCUAAUCAACACGGCUUCGAUCACGAAGGCAAAACUGGCAGGGGCCGAAGCAAGCCCCCUCCCCUAUCACAGGCCCAUUCGAAGUCAAGAGCAAGAUGGAGCACGGAGAGCCUCACAGAUGUUAUCCAUUUGUCUCAUUCUCUCCCUAAGAGCCAGGUCGAUACCCGGCUCGGUCGUCGACGGCCACUCCUUUCUGUAUCGCCUGCCGUCAAGAGCAUCGCAUUGCCCUCCACACCAGUUACUCGACAUCGAAUUCAGCACGCUCGAGCGCCACUUUGCGCGGCCCAGCUCACGCAUGAGCUCGCGCGCAACGGCCCCUUCGGCCAAGAGGAGCGCAGCAGCCGUAUUGAAGUGGACAACGACGUGAUACGAUGACUGGCAGCAGAUAGAUGACGUGCUGUGCGCCGCCUCGGACACGAUGCAGAGCCCCACCGUUGAAGGCACCAAGUUUAAGGCUGUCCGCGUGCAAGGUUUUCGCGCCGUGUCGGCCUUGCGGCACAGCGAAGAGGUCGUCAAGAAGCGAUGGAAGGCCCUUUCCAGGUAUUGGCAUUGCCAUACUGCUCUUCCACAAGCAG